AUGAGUUUCUUUACUGAAAGAGGGUAUGCUCAUAGACCAUCUUUGUUAGAAGGUCCUAACUACUAUACAUGGAGAUCUAGGAUGCGUGCUUUUCUUAAGUCUAUUGAUGAAAGAGUCUGGUCCACGAUUGUGGAUGGUUGGACAGCUUUGGUUAUUGAUGAAAAUGAGGUAUCUAGACCAAAAAUGGUUGCUAGUUGGACUGUUGAUGAGUUAACUAUUUUAAACUAUAACUCUAAAGUCAUUCAUGCUUUGUUUAAUGCUGUUAAUGUUAAUCAAAUGAAAGUCAUAGCCAACUGUGAACGUUCCAAGGAUGCUUGGGAUAGGCUACAAGUAAAAAAUGAGGGCACUAGUGCUGUUAAACGAAAUAGACUUAGAAGACUUCUGAUUGAUUUUGAAAAUUUGAACAUGCAUGAUGAUGAGACUAUCACCGCUCUUUAUGGUAGGGUGUGUGGCAUUUCUAAUGAAUGUUUUGCUUUGGCAAAAACAUAUUCUAAUAUUGGACUUGUCAGGAAAGUUCUUUGCUCACUUCCCCAGAGGUUUAUGUCAAAAGUGACCACCAUUGAAGAAUGCUGUGAUAUGGAUGUCAUGGACAUUGAUGAACUCAUUGGCUUUCUCCAAACCUAUGAACUGAACUUGAAACGUUGGGAUAAACAAAAACCGAGCAAAGAUUUGGCUCUCAAACAUGAGCAAAAGAAAGCCUUGUUCGAAAAGAUUGUUGUUCUAACUACUAAACUAACUGAGGCUAAGGCCAUUAUUGAUAAGUUGAAUGUAGGUUCUCUCAAGCUUGAUGAAGUCCUUGGUCAAGAAAAAUCCUUCGGAGAUCGGUAUGGCUUGGGUUUUAGUCCUGGUACUAGCACAUCGAAUUCCAGUGCAUGGACAUUUGUUAAAGCCACCAAAACUCCUACUGAAGAUGUUGUUGUAAGACAAGCUACGAAGAAGAAAGUUCUUGAAAAUCAUAAUUUGUUUUCUAAUGUGAAUCAUAAUGCUAACAAUGGUUUUUCUUCCAAAAGAACUUGGAAACCUAAGACUGAUGUGAACUGUUUUGUGUCUCAUACCUCUUUGCUUGCAUUUCAAAAUGAUCUUUGGUAUCUAGACAGUGGUUGUUCGAGGCAUGUGAUAGGCAAUAAAUCUCUCUUGACUGAACUUGAAUCGGUUGAUAGUGGGCAUGUCACAUAUGAUGAUGGAAAGAAAGGUAAAAUUCUUGGUAAAGGGUCAAUUGUUCUACCUGAUUUUUCUAUUUUGAAAGAUGUUUUACUUAUUGAUGGUUUGAAGACUAAUUUGAUUAGUAUUAGUCAAAUUUGUGAUAAAAUUUUGUAG